UUGCUUAAAUUCCUGCAUACGCAGUGUUAAAAACUUCCCUUCACUCUCUCAUUCUUCUUCAUUCAGAUCUCAAUUUCACAUCGAUUUCUUCUCCGCUAUGGCCGCUAUUACUUCCAUCAAGGCUCGUCAGAUCUUCCACAGCCGUGGCAAUCCUACCGUUGAGAUUGAUAUAACUGUCUCUGAUGGAACUUUUGCUAGAGCCGCUGUUCCUAGCGGUGCAUCCACCGGAAUUUACGAGGCUCUUGAGUUAAGAGAUGGAGGAUCUGACUACCUUGGAAAAGGUGUAUCAAAGGCUGUUGACAAUGUGAACACCAUCAUUGCCCCAGCAUUGAUCGGAAAGGAUCCAACUAAGCAGACAGAUAUUGACAACUUCAUGGUUCAGAAGCUUGAUGGAACUGUUAAUGAGUGGGGUUGGUGCAAACAAAAGCUUGAGGCUAAUGCUAUAUUGGCAGUAUCUCUUGCAGUGUGCAAAGCUGGUGCCAAUGUCCUAAAAAUUCCUCUAGACAAGCAUAUUGCAAACAUUGCUGGUAACAAAAACCUGGUUUUGCCUGUUCCAGCUUUCAAUGUCAUUAAUGGUGGAUCACAUGCAGGAAACAAACUUGCUAUGCAGGAGUUUAUGGUUCUUCCUGUGGGAGCCUCCUCUUUCAAGGAAGCCAUGAAGAUGGGCGUGGAAGUCUAUCACCAUUUGAAGGCUGUGAUUAAGAAGAAAUAUGGUCAAGAUGCAAUUAAUGUUGGUGAUGAAGGUGGCUUUGCCCCCAACAUUCAGGAAAACAAGGAAGGUUUGGAAUUGCUAAAAUCUGCAAUUGACAAAGCUAGUUUUGUAAGGAUGAGUUAGGCCCAAAACUUAUUU